AUGAGCAUGGUAAAGAGCCCAGAGCGGCUGGAGCAGCGGCUGACUGUGAUGGUGGCUGCCCAGGAGACUUCUCAGGCCUGGUCUUCACUGGGAGAGGAGGGGCCGGCAGCCAUGAAGAAGGACAAGAGCCACGAUCAGGAUGAGGCAGACUGCAGGGCAGAGCUGAUCCUCAUCAACGGGGACUGCACCGACCCCACUAAGGACUCCCCCUCCCUCAUUUUGGAGACAAAUGGGAAAGCAAGUGCUCCAGAUGCUGGGAGGCUGGGGCUGCGGACCCUGAAGAACAACAAGAGGGUCAGCACAGGAGACCUCUCCAAGGAGGAGCUGUCCUGGCCACUGAAUCUCUCUGGGACACGGGAGGUGAGGCCUCGGGGCAGUGCAGGGUGGGAGAGCAGCCUCAGGCAGAAGCCCCCCGUCCGCCUCAUCUUCCAGGCAGGGCAGACCCGGCACGAGAUGAGGAUCAAGGACACCAGAAACGUGGAGACUCUCAGGGAGCUGCCAACUCCCCUGCGGAGCUCCAAGCGUCGCUCAGCCACCUCUGUCCCUGUGACCAUCGACCUGACAGAGGAGGACUCCCAGGACUCGUCCCGCAGCAGCAGCACACUCUCCAGCUCCCAGGAGGGACAGAAUGGCUCCACCGAGCUGGGGACAGCCGAGGAGACAGAGAGCAGAGACGUGGGGUUGCUGGAGUACCAGGAUGGGAAGGAGUUUGGAAUUGGGGAGCUUGUCUGGGGAAAGAUCAAAGGUUUCUCCUGGUGGCCAGCGAUCGUCGUCUCGUACCGAGCCACGGCCAAGCGCCAGGCAGUGUCGGGGAUGCGGUGGGUGCAGUGGUUUGGAGAUGGGAAGUUCUCUGAGGUUUCUGCAGACAAGCUGGUGGGAUUGAUGGCCUUUAGGCAGCAUUUCAACUCUUCAACAUUUAAUAAGCUGGUUUCCUACCGCCGAGCCAUAUACCAUGCCCUGGAGGUUGCCCGGAGCAGAUCGGGGAAGACAUUUGCAGCCACCCCCAGGGAGUCCCUGGAGGAGCAGCUCAAGCCCAUGAUCGACUGGGCACUCACAGGCUUCAAACCCCUGGGUCUCAAGGGGCUGCGGCCCCCCAAAGCCUCAGAGAACGGGGUCCUGAGGAACGGGACAGAGGAGGUGCUGUCCCUCGAGCAGUGUCCCCGCACCAAGAGGCUGAAGACCAACCUCAACAGCAAUGGGAAGGAGCAGCGAGUGGAGGAGGACCAGACCCGAGAGCAAAUGGUUUCUGAAGCUACAAACAACAGUGGGAGUCUGGAAGAGAGCUGCUUGUCCUGCGGGAGGAGGAACCCAGCCACCUUCCACCCACUCUUCCAGGGGGGACUCUGCCAGACCUGCAGGGAUAGAUUCCUGGAGCUCUUCUACAUGUAUGAUGAGGAUGGGUACCAGUCCUACUGCACUGUCUGCUGUGAAGGGAAGGAGCUGCUGCUCUGCAGCAAUGCCAGCUGCUGCAGGUGCUUCUGCGUGGAGUGUCUGGAGGUGCUGGUGGGGAGAGGGACAUCGGCCAAGGCAAAGGAGCAGGAGCCCUGGAACUGCUACAUGUGCCAGCCCCAGGGCAGCUACGGGGUGCUGCAGCGCCGGCAGGACUGGGACACCCGUCUGCAGGACUUCUUCACCAGUGACAAGGGACAGGAAUACGCUGAACCCAAAAUCUACCCAAUGGUCCCCCCAGCAGACAGGAGACCCAUUCGGGUGCUCUCUUUAUUUGAUGGCAUAGCAACAGGGUACAUGGUGCUGAAGGACUUGGGCAUCCAAGUGGAGAAGUACAUUGCCUCAGAGAUCUGUGAAGACCCCAUUGCUGUGGGCACCAUGCGGCACGAGGGCAACAUCACCUACGUGCAUGAUGUCAGGAACAUAACCAAGAGAAACAUCGAGGAGUGGGGUCCCUUUGACCUGGUGAUCGGUGGAAGCCCCUGUGAUGACCUCUCCAUUGCCAACCCAGCCAGGAAGGCUCUGUAUGGUAAGGUUCUGCAGGGAUGGGUACCCCGGGGUGUUCCUGGGCUCUGGAGCCACCUGAAAGUCCAUGGAAGCAGCUCGGGCUCUGUCUCCCCUCUGAGCUACACCGGGGGGGUGGCACCUGCAGAGCACAGGCUGUCCCAUGUCCCACGGUGGGGAGGGCAGCCAGGCCCCUGGCCCCGUGUCCCUGUGCCCCUGGUCCCAGCCACAGCUCUGUCUCUUGCAGAAGGCAGUGGAAGGCUCUUCUUUGAAUUUUACCACCUGCUCAACUAUGCCCGUCCCAAGGCAGGGGAGGAGCGUCCCUUCUUCUGGAUGUUUGAGAACGUGGUGGCCAUGAGGGUCAAUGACAAGAGGGACAUUUCUCGGUUUCUGGAGUGUAACCCCGUCAUGGUCGAUGCUAUCAAGAUAUCAGCUGCCCACCGUGCACGCUACUUCUGGGGCAACCUCCCGGGGAUGAACAGGAUCUUUGGUUUCCCCCUCCACUGCACGGAUGUCUCCAGCGUGGGUCGCGGGGCUCGGCGGAAGCUGCUGGAGAGGUCCUGGAGUGUCCCUGUCAUCCGGCACCUCUUCUCCCCUCUCAAGGAUUACUUUGCCUGUGAAUAGCAGUCGGGGUGCCCCUCGUCUCUCUGGUAAAGGUGCAGAGCUGCACCGUGGUGGUGGGAGAGGGACGGGCACAGCUGCCAGACUCUGCCACGGCACCUUCCCUCCCCGUGCCCCCGGGAAACGUCUUGAACCAAAGAACCUGGCAGGGUAACUUUUCUCUAAAGGGACUGAUGGCAGUGAUAGGUAGGAAAUUAUGGACACGAGAGCUGUAAUUAGGGCAGCUCUGUGCAUGACUGAUGAGAUGGGAAGCUCUCCUCCAGAGCACUGAAUAUUCCUUUGAGCCCAGAGCUGGGAAGUCGGCGCUUGCUGAGCAGUGGGUGUGGGGGCAGCUGCUGGGGUGCUGCAGACAGACUUGAACUACAGCAGAUUCCUGCUAAACAAACAAAACCUCUCUUGAAGCA